UUCUUGGUAUCCUCUCCCACUUGUUCAUUCUUCUUCUACCCCUUCUCCCCUAUCCCCUGCAGCACAAGGACACCAGCGGCCACAUCCCUGCAUCUCCUUUCCCUCCAAUUUCAACCCCCGCCCGCCACCAUGCCCGACCGCAGCGGCCCUACCUCCCCUCGCAUCGCCAUCGAUCCCGCUCAGCCCCAGCCCAGGAGCAAUGUCACCUCCCCCAACAACCCCCUCACGCCCUCCAGGACCGCCCCUGCUGGCAGCAUCACCAUCCCCCACCGCAGCUCCAUGAGCGGAAGGUCCUACCGCCCCGACGAUCCGGACGCAAGGGAGAGGCAAACCCAGCAGGACAUUGAAUCGGCGUCUGCCAUGAGCAUGUGUAAGCUUUCAACCUUUGUCAUACAGAAGGUCGUGUACAAAAGAUUUUGGGGCUGAUAUGUUCUUUGCUUUGCGGACGCAGCUCGCGCACGUUCUGGCUCUAUCAACCACCCUGACAACAGCCCGCCCAUGGCCCGCCCUUCCCAAAUGCACUUUCCGUCCACUUCCCCUAUCCAUGAGGGACGUUUCCCCAUGCUGUCGGAAGCUGAAGAGGCCGAGAUGGACCGCGCCAGGCGGCUUCAUGGGGGACGCGAUAACGAGUCUGACGACGAGCAUGGCCAUGGCGGACACUAUCACCGUCACGUAGAAGAGCGGGCGGAGGAAGACCAUGGGAGAAGAGACAGCAUAGGCGAUGGCAGUGGGUACGACUCGCACAGCCGUCUUCUCAACCGCCGCGGGUCUGAUGGCGAUAUCCACCAUAUGGACCGCGCCCGCCACCUCGACCUGAGCCAGCUCGGCGGGCACGGCAUGCGCAACACAUUCGAUUUUGCGGCGAUGGAAGAGUUUGCAAACAAGGAAAAGGAAAAUUCGUUUGCGGCUGAAGGAGCGUGGGGUGCUGGGAACGACGGGCCGAGGCGAAGGAGUGUGCCGCACACUGGUGCCGGGGCGAGUGAUGAGAACCUGACUCAGCCAGGGAGCUACGAUACGGCUCUGGAUCGGACCAACACCAUGUCUGCGUUCGGGGAUGAGCCAGACAUUGCCUUUUCUCCCGAGCGAGGUCACCACGACAAUCACGCCCCCACAUUCCAACGCAGGCGCCAGCGAAAACUUUCGCAGUCCAACCCGGUCUUGCGGCAGAAGAAGCUCGCUCUCUUUGAAGGGUUCGGGUCGAAUGGUGUCAACGAUGGCGAAUCGGUUCCUGAAGGUGCUUCAACGGCCUUCAAAGCCCCACGUCAAAAGACUGGCAGCUUUGCGCCGUACUCUGAUUCAGCGCCAGGCCACGACCGUCCAUACCGAUUCUCCUUCUACUCCAACGCCAUGCCCGUCACUAUCCACGCUCGCAGCCUCGCAGAGCUUCCCGCCGAGGGCCAAAGCUUUGAAGACCUCUUCAAGGGGCGCAACCUCAGCGGACAGGCGACACCGGCUGCCAACCUCGACACUGGAGCCCGCGCAGUCUUGUCUGAAACGCCCUCCAAGACUCCGGCGCCUCCGGUAGAGCCGAGCACGGCGGCAUCGGGCAAGACGCAGCCGAGUCUGUUGACAAAGGCUGUGGGGGCUGCUAUGGCGCAGCAGGGGACUGGUGGGCCGGGGCCGGGGGUGGAGGAUGAUGAUCCCGAGCAGUCGACUUGGUGGUUGGAUGUGCUGUCGCCUACGGAUGAGGAGAUGAGGCUCUUGUCAAAGGCAUUCGGUAUCCACCCCUUGACAACAGAAGAUAUCUUGCUCGAAGAGACGCGCGAAAAGAUUGAACUCUUCCGCAACUACUAUCUCGUCUGUUUCCGAUCUUUCGACCAAGACCCAUACUCGCAGACAUACCUCGAGCCGCUCAACAUGUACAUUAUCGUCUUCCGCGAAGGCACUCUCUCUUUCCACUUUAGGGGCACUCCUCAUCCCCAAAACGUCCGCCGCCGAAUCAAGCACCUCAAAGACUACAUCUCUGUCACCUCUGACUGGAUCUCUUAUGCGCUUAUCGAUGAUAUCACCGAUGCGUUUGGGCCGUUGAUUCAGGGUAUCGAGUUUGAGGUCGAUAGUAUUGAUGAGCUGGUGUUGAUUCUCAAGGAGGCAGAACAGAGUGAUAUGUUGAGGAGGAUCGGAACGUGCCGAAAGAAGGUCAUGGGUCUGCUGAGAUUGAUGGGCAACAAGGCAGAUGUCGUAAAGGGUCUCGCCAAACGAUGUAACGAGCAAUGGCUGGUAGCUCCCAAAUCCGACAUCGGUCUCUACUUGUCCGAUAUCCAAGACCACUUGAUCACCAUGACGCAAAAUUUGAAUCACUAUGAAAAGAUUCUUUCGAGAUCACACUCGAAUUACCUUGCGCAGAUCUCUAUCGAGAUGACUGAUGCCAAUAACCAGAUUAACGAUGUUCUUUCCAAAUUGACUGCUCUUGGUACGGUCUUGAUUCCGAUGAACUUGGUAACAGGUCUAUGGGGUAUGAACGUCCACGUUCCGGGACAGGAUAUCGAAACGGGAUACUCUUGGUUUGGCGGUAUCCUGGGAUGUUUGUGUCUGUUUGCUAUCCUGGGUGCUUGGGCUACUGUAAGUGACAUUCAUGGGACAGCAAGAAACCACCGCUGAUCAUGCGGUUUAGUACAAGUGCUUUGUCGUUCGCUAGAGCUCUCCUUCCGUCUUUUCAUCUUUUAUUCUCGCAUAGCAACGUCUCCCUCUUUCGCAUCUCAUUUUGCUACUCGUACUACUUUGAAAGACUGUUUGUAUCGUUAGCGUAGACUUCCGUUUGAUUAUCGGCCGGGUUCCAACAGAGAAAAAAUGUGACAUAUAAUCUUGAUCAUCGCAUGUACUUGGUCGCAUUGCUC